AUGAAUAACAGCGACAUCGCUGUAUUGGCCAGAGCAAGCAGAUUUUUUUAUGCGCUUCUCAACCCCGUGUUGUAUGCUAAAGAUGCUCGAUCUGGUUCCCGCGCUCUGGUCUUUGCCGCUGAAAAUGGCCUCAUGAGGACUGCACAACUUUCACUUUACAAAGGAGCCAAUGCAGAUGCUAAAGAAGGCUACCCUUUAGUGAAGGCCCUGGAGAAUCGAAACAUUGAUAUGCUUCGGUUGCUUCUAGAUGCCGGGGCGGAUCCGAAUGGUCGUUACUGGAGAAAUACAUCUGCUCUGCUGUGGUUUCUCAGACCCAAAGACCGGAUGUUGUUCAAUAUACCAGCGCUCCAUGAAGAUCGAACCCAAAAAAAUGGGUCAGAUCUCGCCAGAAGACGCUGCAUGGAGCACCGUCGCAAAUUAUCAAAGGCACCUCUGCUUACAUUCAUGCUGAAUCACGAAAGUAGCCACAGAAUUGAUGUGACGACUCCGGGUCCCCGUGGCUCUACUCCGUUACACUACGCUGCUUACUUUGAUUACCAUGAAGUUGCGGAGCGCUUGAUUCAACUGGGAGCUGAUGUUGACGCGACUGAUUAUGAUCUGAAAACACCACUUUUCAACGCUGUUUUAAACCAUUCGAUCAGAACAGCCGAGGUCUUGUUGAAUCACGGCGCGAUUGUCGAUGUUCGGCCCGGGAUUGAUAGCUCCACCCCCCUUCAUCAUACAAUAAGCUACGGGAUACCCAACAAUAGGAUGGCAGCGCUUCUGCUAGAAUCGGGCGCAGAUAUCUUAACCCCCGAUAGACUCGGGAACACCCCGUUGCAUGAAGCUGCGUCCUCAGGUGAUUUUCAUACUGCACAUCGAUUGCUUGAGAGGCAUGUGGAAAUAGAGCCAUUGAACCAUCAAGGCGAAACCCCGAUUCAAAUUGCAGCGACCAGAAAACACAUGACAAUAGUUCAGUUGUUACUGCAGCAUGAUCCCGAUCCUGUCUGCCGAGGUUUAUUCCAGAAUCUCGACCUAAAAAACUAUGGUCAACCACAAGCGUUGCCUCUCUUAGCCCAGAAGCAACUUAACGGACAACUUCUAGCUGCUAUUACUUGA